CCGCCACGGGCAGGACACGUGACGCAGUGCGGUGGUUGUAAUUGCCGCUCAGGCGACCGCGGGUGCGUUACGGAACAGGGCGCGAGGCUAUAUAAGCUCCCUGCAGGCCAAGUCGGGUGUACUCCUGCAUCCAUCACCACCGAGGUCUUCAUCCGUCGCAACCAUGAGCUUCAAGACACUGGCCUGCUGCCUGCUGCUGCUGGCGCUGACUACACUCUGCGCCGCCCAGUUCGGCGGCGGUAUGGGCGGCGGUAGAGGCGGCUACGGCGGGAUGGGUGGAGGCGGUAGAGGCGGCUACGGCGGCGGUAGAGGCGGUGGCGACAGAGGCGGCUACGGCGGCGGCAGAGGAGGCUACGGCGGCGGCAUGGGCGGAUACGGCAGAGGGAUGGGCGGUAUGAUGGGCUGACCCUGACAACCGCUGCUUCGAGGCAUUCACCUGCAACCUAAUACAAAGAAAUCAAAAGUUUCUAUUUCAUAGCUUUUUUCCUGUAGUGGAAAAAAGUUUACACUGUUGUAAUAAAA